CCACCUUCCAAAUUGCCCUCUCCUUUCAAUCCGGUAUUGCAAUCUCAUGAAGAUGCGGAGUCGGGUAAAGGUGAAGACAUACAAAGAUAUCAGUCGUCAGACAUAGGGACCAUCAAGCAAGGGCAAGGCGCUGCGGCGGAGGCUACAAAGAAGGAGAUUGCCACUAUGCCGUUGAAUUUGGGGGUGCAGCGGGGAAGGUGGUAUGAGGUUGGGUAUGUGAAGACCAACUCAGUCAGCUUCACGGACUUCCACUCGCUCAUGCCGGCUAGUAAUACCAACCCAUUCACCCAUUCCACUGCUGUGCUCAAGGCACAGGCGCACAAGGCAGGGACAAACACACGCACACACUCACACGUGGACAGCCAUACAAGCACCGGCACGCCCAUGGCCCCCGGGUCUACAAGGGAGGCCUAUGCACACUCACCUCCACUCACGCCACAGUCUGAGCAGGACGAGAGCGUGAGCACCGACACACACACAGACACACACGCACACGAACACGCCAAUAGCGAUACGGACAAGGCCCUCCACAAUCACGCACACGAUAGCGAAGACAGCGCAAAAGGGACACGGCCCAAUGUACUACGGCUUAAACUGACACAGGCAGGCAGUGUGGUGGCUAGCAUCACGGGCACCAACGCACCCUCCACCUCUAGUCACACAGCCACAGACACAGCCACAGACACAGCCACAGCUACAGACACACACCCAGACACACACCCAGACACACACCCUGUCACAGCAACAGGCACAUCGGUGGACGCGGAGAGCCCGCCCAUGGGGGUAGGCACAACAGGGUAUGCCACAACGCAGCACAGCCUCGACACCACCGACAGCCACAACCCCACGCCGCCUGGGGAUACCGCCGGAACGCUACCGUACGCCAAGGAGGUCAAUGUGGGGUGGGCCAGCACAGGCAACUACGGCCGCGGGUGGAGUGUUGCACCUGUAGACCUUAGGGCCGGGGCCAGGGGAGUCAGGGCAGGUGCAAAGGCGUCGGUGCGCAACUCACUGUCGUUGGAUCAGUUCACCCUAACCCCCCACACACUAUACUACGUGCGGCUGGCGGGGGUCAAUGGCUGCGGACAGGGGGGCUGGAGCGAUGAGGUGCAGAUCAGCACCAAGGACAGCUCAGUCCCAUCCAUCCCUGGGCCGCUGCACUUCCAGAUUGCCGGGGCAACCAUGUACAUCGAGUGGUCCGCUCCAGAGGAGGUGUGUUGGGGGUUAUGCUUGUGGCUGUUGUGA